UUAGAAAUCAAAAUCCUCCAGAACUCGGUGGUUCGUUUAGACUUCUACAAAUUUCCUUCAGAUCUUGCAAUGGACAAGGUUGCGGAGGAGGUGAAUCGGGUCAAAAAUGAGUGGAAUGAGGCUUUUCAUCAAACUAUCGAGCGGAUUAAGGCAAUCGAUUCAUACGAUAAACAAAGUGAAUCAAUGGGGAAGAAUUCCCUCCCCAGACUCAAUGCUCUUGCUCAAGAUGGAUUGAACCUCCUCUCAUCGCUGGAAUUCAAGCUCGAUCUUCUUGCUCCCCAGUUGCUCUCUGAUUCUGAAGUCGAAGCUGCUCAAUCGCUGCUUGAAUCCUGGAAAAAUCAAUCUCAAAAUUUGCGAUCGAGUCUGAGAAAUGCUAAUAUGCAAGCAAAAACCAACAUGAGAAAGGCUGCUCAGGAGGAGAGAGAACGACUUCUAGGUGGAGGAGAAGAGUCCACAAUUCGCAGACGGAAUUUACAAACUAAGGCUGGAAUGACAUCUGCUGCAGAAAGCAUCACCGAAAGCCUUCGCCGAACCCGUCAGCUUAUGGUUCAGGAGGUGGAAAGAACUGCAAGCACAAUUGAGACUUUCGAUGAAUCAACUGGAGUGUUAAAGAAGGCCGAGAGUGAAUAUAAGGGGCAUCGCUCAUUGUUAACACGAACCAGAAACUUACUUUCAACAAUGCAACGACAAGAUGUAAUGGACAGGAUUAUAUUGGCCGUUGGGUUUUUCUUCUUCUCUCUUGCUGUUCUUUAUGUCGUCUCAAAACGCAUUGGGCUACUGUAGUUACAGAGGAUGGCCACUGCUGCCAUUAAAGCAGGGAUGGCUAAGCAAGCAAAUCAAAUACCUGGAGAUGUUAUUAACCAUGGUAGAAAUCCAGUUCAAGCCAAGGAGGAUUUAGUUCACAGAAUCGAAGAUCCACAGGAACGACGUAUUUGGGAUGAGCUUUGAACUGUAGCAUUUGUGUCGGAAAAUGAAUGGACAAAUGGCACAUCUCUAGAGUUGUGUAGCUUUUUAAACACGUUUUAAGGUAUACAUUUCAGUCUAACGGUUUCUUGUGCAGAAAAAUUUGGAGUUCAAGUUGUAAUUUAUUGAAACAGUGUGCAUCUCUGUGGGAAAAAAACUAACAACAACUAGAGAGUACGUUUUUUGGGUGUGUUAAAGACUACAUUAAUACAAGUAAGCCAAUCAUUUUCUUCUCUAUGUA